AUGGACAAGCCCCGAGCCAGGAAAGAGAAGUUCUCCCUGUUUGGUUCUCGCUCCACCAGCAGGACCACCGACCCUCCCUCUUCCUCCUCCUCCUCCUCCUCUUCCUCCCCCGCGAUCCCUUCAGGCCCGCCGGUGAAAAGGGCCGCCGGCCUCAGCAAGGCCGAGUUCCUGGAGCGCGUGCGGCGCAGUAACCAGGCCUGCCAGCAGGGGGAGUACGCGCUGGCCGUGCGUCUGUACAGCGAGGCGCUCACCGCCGACCCCCAGAACUGCAUCCUGUACAGCAACCGCUCCGCCGCUCUUCUCCGGCUGGGUCAGUACGGCGCCGCCCUGGACGACGCCGCCAAGGCGCGCCUCAUCAACCCCAAGUGGCCCAAGGCCUACUUCCGUCAGGGGGUCGCCCUGCAGUACCUGGGCCGGCAUGCCGACGCUCUGGCGGCCUUCGCCUCCGGCCUCGCUCAGGACCCCAAGAGCCUCCAGCUGCUUGUCGGCAUGGUGGAGGCCGCCAUGAAAUCGCCCCUCAGAGACUCCCUUGAGCCGACCUACCAGCAGCUCCAGAGGAUGAAGCUGGACAAGAGCCCGUUCGUGGUGGUGUCCGUCAUCGGUCAGGAGCUGCUGACCCACAGCUUCCACGGCGCCUCCGUGGUGGUGCUGGAGGCCGGGCUGAAGAUCGGCACGUGCUCCCUGAAGCUGCGGGGCUCCGUGUUCUCGGCCCUGAGCUCGGCCUACUGGUCCCUGGGCAACGCGGAGAAGAGCGUGGCCUACAUGCAGCAGGACCUGGAGGUGACCAAGACCUUAGGCGACCAGACGGGCGAAUGCCGCGCCCACGGGAACCUCGGCUCCGCCCUCUUCUCCAGAGGCAGCUACAGAGAAGCGCUGGCCAAUCACAGGAACCAGCUGGUGCUCGCCAUGAAGCUCAAGGACAGGGAGGCUGCGUCCGGCGCCCUCAGCAGUCUGGGCCACGUGUACACGGCCAUCGGCGACUUCCCCAACGCGCUGGCCAGCCACAAACAGUGCGUUCUGCUGGCCAGACAAACCCAGUGCCGGCUCUCCGAGGCUCGCCAGCUGGGCAACAUGGGCGCCGUGUACACGGCACUGGGAGACUUCGGCAACGCCGUGCAGUGCCACGAGCAGCACUUGGACAUCGCAAAGUCUCUGGAGAACCGGCGUGAGGAGGCGCGGGCGUACAGCAACCUGGGCAGCGCCUUCCACUCCCAGCGCGACUUCGACAAGGCCAUAGCGUACCACACGCGGGUGCUGCAGUCGGCUCAGGAGCUGAGCGACCGGGCCAUCGAGAUGAGGGCGUACGCCGGCCUGGGGCACGCCGCGCGCUGCAUGCAGGACCUGGAGAGGGCCCGUCUGCACCACCAGCACCAGCUGGAAAUCGCUCAGGAGCUGCAGGACACAGCGGCUCAGGGCCGAGCCUCGUCCAACCUGGGCAUCAUCCACCAGAUGAAGGGGGAGUACGAGACGGCUCUGAAGCUCCACAAAGCCCACCUGUCCUUCGCCCAGGAGCUGAGCGACUACGCAGCCCAGGGCCGGGCCUACGGCAACAUGGGCAACGCCCACCACGCGCUCGGCAUCUACGACCAGGCCGUCCGCUACCACCGCCAGGAGCUUCAGAUCUCUCUGGAGGUGAACGACCGCCCGUCCCAGGCCUCCACACACGGCAACCUGGCCGUGGCCUACCAGGCGCUGGGCGCUCACGACCAGGCCCUGCAGCACUACCUCCACCACCUCGCCAUCGCACGGGAGCUCCAGGACACGCCGAGCGAAGCCAGAGCACUAGCAAACUUGGGCAACUUCCACAGCUGGAGAGGCGAAUACGCUCAGGCCUUGCCGUACUACCAGCAGUACCUGGCUCUGGCUCCGGGCCUGCAGGACCUGGAGGGAGAAGGGAAGGUUUGCCACAACCUCGGCUACGCUCACUACUGCCUCGGACAGUACGGAGACGCCGUCAGGUAUUACGAGCAGGACCUGGCCUUGGCGAAGGACCUGCAAGACAAACUGGGCCAGGCCAAAGCCUACUGCAACCUGGGUCUGGCCCACAAAGCACUGGGGGAGCACAAGAAAGCCGAGGAGUGCCAGAGAUACCUGCUCUCUCUGGCCCAGGCCUUGGAUAACACGCAGGCGGUGUUCAGGGCCUUCGGGAACCUGGGCGACGUCUGCGUGUGUCGCGGCGAUCUCCCGGGAGCGCUGAGGUUCCACCAGCAGCAGUUAAGUCUGGCCCAGAAGGUCAGCGACCAGAAGAUGGAGGCCGACGCCUACUCGGCUCUUGGAUCCGUUCACAGGCUGCUCCGCCAGCUGGACUCAGCCCUGUCCUUCCACAGCCGGGAACUGACCGUCCGGAAGGACCUGGGCGAUCAGCAAGGGGAGUGCCGCGCCCUCGGCCGCCUGGCGGCCGUCCACAUGGCGCUGGGCGACUACGCCACGGCCUUCCAGUGCUACGAGGCCCAGCUGGGCCUGGCGCAGGGCCUCAGGGAUGCCUGUCUGGAGGCGCAGGUCCACGGGAACAUGGGCAUCACCAAGAUGAACAUGGGGGUGUUCGAGGAGGCCAUUGGCUACUUCGAGCAGCAGCUGGCCAUGCUGCAGCAGCUGAGUGGGACCGAGAGCAUGCUGGACCGAGGCCGGGCUUACGGGAACCUGGCGGACUGCUACGACGCUCUGGGAGACCACGAGGAGGCCAUUCAGUACUACGAGAAGUACCUGACGGUGGCUCAGAGCCUCAACCACGUCCAGGACCAGGGGAAGGCCUACAGAGGACUCGGCAAUGCACACAGGUACAUGGAGGUCUCUGGGAGUCUCCAGCAGGCGUUGGUGUGCUUUGAGAAGCGGCUGGUGGUUGCCCACGAGCUGGGGGGGAAGGAGGGGGCAAGGCUCAGGCUUUACGGGGAGCUGGGCACUCUGCACAGCCAGCUGGGCAACUACGAGCAGUCCCUCUCCUGCCUGGAGCACCAGCUGAACAUCGCCCGCGUGGCGGGGGAUAAAUCCCUGGAAGCAGAGGCGAGCGAUGCACUCGGAGGCGUCUAUCAGCUGAUGGCCGACAACGAGACGGCGCUACAGUGGCACCAGAGGGCGCUGGACAUCGCGGAGCAGACGGGCUGCGUGAGGAGCCAGGGCCGAGCCUACGGGAACCUGGGGCUCACCUACGAAGCCCUGGGCAAGUACGAGCGGGCCGUGGUGUUCCAGGAGCAGCACCUGAGCGUGGCGGCGCAGACCAGCGACCUGAUCGCUAAAACUCUGGCCUACGGGAGCCUGGGAAGGACACACCACGCGCUGCAGAACUAUGCACAGGCCGUGAUGUACCUGCAGGAAGGUCUCCGUCUGUCAGAGCAGUUGGGUCGGAGAGAAGAUGAAGCAAAGAUCCGCCAUCGCCUCGGCCUGUCACUGUGGGCCGGAGGGAACCUGGAGGAGGCGCAGCACCAGUUGUACAGAGCGUCCGUGUUGUUCGAGGCUAUCCGCCGCGAGACGCAGCACAGCACCGACUGCAAGCUGUCGCUGUUCGACCUGCAAACCAGCUCGUACCAGGCCCUCCAGAGAGUCCUCGUCAGCCUCGGCCGGCACGACGAGGCGCUCGCCAUCGCCGAGCGAGGCCGGACGCGAGCCUUCGCCGACCUGCUGGUCGAGCGGCAGAAAGGGAGCCGGCAGCAGGCGGCGACCUCCGACCCCUACGUGCCCGUCACCGUGGAGAACAUCCUGGAGACGGUCCACGGGCAGAGGGCCCUGGUGCUCUACUUCUCUCUGGCUGGAGGCUUUCUGUACAGCUGGCUGAUAUCUCCAGGGACAGGUAUCCUGAAGUUCAACGAGGUGUAUCUGGGAGAAGCCGGACUGGAGGAGUUCCAGGAUGCUGGUGGUGGUGGGAGUCCACUGGGAGGAGGAGGAGGAGGAGCAGGAGGAGGAGCAGGAGGAGGAGCUCUGUCUCUGGAGCAGUACAUCUCUAACGCCAGGGAGGCUCUCGGGGUGGACAGCCACUCCAGCAGACUCUGCUCCAGCAGUGAGACGGAGAGUGAAGCUGGAGAUCUGCUGGAGCAGCACUUUGAGGACCUGAACAGCUCUCUGACGCCGACCUCCGACCCCACGGGGUACCUCCGCAUGGUGUCCAGAAACAACGUCUUCAACAGGAGCUGUCGCAGCAUGACGAGCCUGUACAGCUCCACAGUGUCUCCGGUGAAGGACGGCUCUCGGCCCGGUGGCAUCGGCAAGCCGCCCCUCCGAGCCCUCUACGACCUCCUCAUUGGUCCGAUGGAAGGGGGCCUGAUGCACAGCAGUGGGCCCGUGGGUCGGCACCGACAGCUGGUGCUGGUGCUGGAGGGGGAGCUGUACCUCAUCCCGUUUGCCUUGCUCAAAGGCAGCUCGUCCAACGAGUACCUCUACGAGAGGUUCAGCCUCCUCAGCGUGCCGUCCUUAGGCAGCCUGGGAGCCUCCAAGCCUCAGCCUCGCCGCGGCGGCCCCUUCCUGUGCUCCGAUGGCGGCUCGGUGGCCGCGGUGGUCGGGGCCCCCCGCCUGCCCCCCUCGGUGAUGGACCGCUGGCUGUGGGGUCCCUUGCCCUCGGCCCAGGACGAGGCCCUGUGGCUGGGGGAGCAGAUGGGAUGUCGCCCCCUGACCGGAGCCAGCGCCACGAAGGAGCGCGUGCUCGCGGCCCUGAGCCAGGCGGAGUGCGUCCACUUCGCCACGCACGUGUCCUGGAAGCUCGCCGCGCUGGUCCUCGCCCCCAGCCGGGAAACACGCCGCGGGGGAGGGGGCUGGCUGAGGGCGACUGGGGGUCGGACCCGGGGUUCGCUCGCGAGGAGCCCGGAGCGCCUCGGAGGGGCGGACGACGACGACGACGUCGUGAGCGAGGACGGGGAGAGUGUGUGUGACGGGGAGAGUGUGUGUGACGGCCCGCCGCUCCACGACUUCCUCCUCACUGCCGCCGACAUACUGGACCUGUGCUUGACCGUCAAACUGGUGGUCCUGAGGUUGUACCCGGAGUCCAGCAGCAGGGCGACGGCCGACGGGGUGGUGGGUCUGACCCGGGCCUUCCUGGCUGCGGGGGUCCAGUGUGUGUGCGUGUCCCUGUGGCCGGUGCCCAUAGCGGCCUCCAAGCUCUUCACGCACACCUUCUACGCGGCGCUCCUCGGCGGGACCAAAGCCAGCGCGGCGCUGACGGAGGCCAUGAAGUCCCUGCAGGGCAGCAAGCACUUCUCACACCCGUCCAACUGGGCCGGCUACAUGCUGGUUGGCAGUGACGUGAAGCUGAACAGCCCGAUGUCUCUGGUGGGUCAGGCCCUGUCUGAGAUCCUGCAGCACCCGGAGAGAGCGAGGGACGCCCUCAGAGUGCUGCUGCACCUGGUUGAGAAAUCUCUGCAGCGCAUCCAGAGCGGCCAGUGUAACCCGAUGUACACGUCUCAGCAAAGCGUCGAGAACAAGGUCGGCGGCGUCCCCGGGUGGCAGGCGCUCCUGUCCGCGGUGGGCUUCCGGUUGGACUUCUCCGUCGGCGGCGCCGGUUCCCCCGCCGCGGUUUUCUUCCCCACCUCGGACCCCGGGGACCGGCUGCAGCAGUGCAGCACCACCCUGCAGGCUCUGCUCGGUCUCACUCCUCCGGCUCUACAGGCUCUCUGCAGGCUGGUCACCGUGUCCGAGGCCGGAGAACCGCUCAUUCAUAAGCUCCACCAGGUGCUGGUUCAGCUGCAGUCGGGCGACAAAGACCAGGACUUCUCUCUGGCGCCCAUCCAGGUGUCCAUCAGCGUGCAGCUCUGGAGGCUGCCGGGCUGCCACGAGUUCCUGGCGGCGCUCGGUUUCGAUCUGUGCGAGGUGGGUCAGGAGGAGGUCCUGCUGAAGACGGGGAAGCAGGCCAGCAGGCGCGUCAUGCACUUCGCCCUCCAGGCCCUGCUGGCUCUCUUUGACUCCACGGAGCUCCCCAAGCGCCUGAGCAUGGACAGCUCCUCCUCCAUGGAGUCCCUGUCCUCCUCCCAGUCCGCCUCCCAGCCUCACUCCAUGCCCCUCUCCUUCGGGUGCUACCCACCCCAGCCCUCCUUCUUGCCCCCCGUCUGCCCGGACAGCCUCUCCUGCGACGCCAUCUCCGUCUACAGCCUCAGCUCCCUCGCCUCCUCCCUCAGCUUCCUGUCUCGGCCCGAGCCGGCGGGCAGCGACGUCGUCAGCCAGCGCUCGCACCACCACCAGCAGGAGCCGGAGAGGCCUCGCGGCGGCGCGGGGGGGGCGGGGGCGCUCUACGCCACGCACCGCCACCCGGGCGGCCUGUCGAGAGGUCGGCUGACCAAUCACGGAGGAGGAAGAGGAGGGGAGGAGGAGGAGUACAAGGGGUACUCCAUCAUCAGCAGUGAGCCGUUGGGCCGAGGGAGGAGGGAGUGUGACACGCUGCCUCUACCGGCGGGGCACCGACACGGCAGAGGCGGAGCUGGGAGAGGGUCGGCCGGGGGUCACGGGUACCCGGUGAUGUUGUCCUCCAAGGGAAGCAUCAGCACGCCGACGUCUCCCAUUAAAGCUCCGCCCCCACCGCCGCCGCUGAAGGCAAAACCCAAGCAGGAAAUCGCUCCUCCUCCUCCUCCUCCUCCGGCCAAGGGGAAGGCGAGCAGCUCGGAGUCGGACCAGUCCAGCACCGAGACCGACAGCACGGUGAAGUCCCAGGAGGAGAGGACGGUGCCGGCGGGGCAGCUGGACCCGCAGGAACUGGCCCAGAAGAUUCUGGAGGAGACCCAGAGCCACAUGCGAGCCGUGGAGAGCCUGCAGAAGGCCAACGGCGUGAGGGGAGGCGCGGCAGCGGCGGCCCCGAGGGGGUCGUCGCGGUCGACCCCGUCGACCCCGUCUCUCACUCCCGCCGGAGGAGGAGGAGCGCGAGGCUUUCAGUCGUCCGAGAGCAGCGCGUUCAGCCGGCCGCCCAGCAGGGCCGGCCUCAAGCCGAGCUCCUCCCCCCUCUCCCUGUGCCGCCCCUCCUCCCUCUCCGCCUCCGUGUCGUCGCCGCCGCCGCCGCCGCCGACCCGACCCAAACCUCCGUCGCGCUCCUCGUCGCUGCAGAGGCUCGGCGGCCCGGCUCCCUCCUCCCCGUCCUCGUCGCCUUUCCUCGCCGUUUCCCCGGACGUGCACGCGCAGCUCAAGCUGAGGUACCCCACCUCGCCGUACGCCGCCCACAUCUCGCCCUCGCACUCCCCGGCGGACAGCGCCCCGUCGCCGGCCCUUUCCUACUCCUCCGCGGGCUCCGCCUCCUCCAGCCCGGCCGACACCCCCGAGCUCCGCCAGUCCAAGCGGGAUCACAGGGUCCAGGCCGUCCACAACCUAAAGACCUUCUGGGCCAACGGCGCCGGCCACAAACACGAGCCGCUGCCCUGCAAUAAGAAGAUGAGCGCGGUGCAGAGGGACGUCCUGGGUCUGAUGAACCUCUCGCCGAGACGCGAGACCGUCGGCAAAGACGCGGAGGGGUCGGAGGGCCUCCGGGCUCCGCCCCCGAAAGGAGGCGCCAAGCUGCCCUCUGGGAACGGGUUCAAGUUCCUCUCGCCCGGACAUUUCUUUCCCUCCUCCAAAUGUUGAGAGCUCGGGGAUCUCGUGCGUCCGACCGACGCGUUUAGUUUGUAAAGCAACACCUGCUGAUUUCACAAAGUACUGUUUUCGUACCGACGGUUGGGUUUUUAAACGGGUUCUGUUUGUCGGCGGAGAGAUUGUUCUGAAUGUGGUGACUGUGCCUUCUGGAGCUGGAAGGACAAGAGGGCUCCUGGAGAGACUUGUUGGGUCUCUGGCUUUAAACCUGUUUUCAUGACUAGAGAGCACAUUGUCUUGUCUCUGUCUCCAAGACUCUGAGU